UCGCUACUUUCGUCCUCCAGAAGAGAGAAAAACAUGUGAAGGGGAGAGAGAGAAGAAGAGAAACCCGUACCAGCUCCGAGCGGCGCGAUUUCUUCGUGGAUUCCAAUGGAAUUCGAGUUCAAAACCAAAUCAGAAACGGCGAUAGAUAUAUAGAUAGGAGAGGAAAGCGGAGGUGCUAGAUCCGAGCGAGGGCUGUCUACUUCUGCCAUGGGGCUGCUGGCGCUGCAGCGGCUCAUGUCCGUCAAGCGCGAGAGUCCACGGCGUCGCCGGCGAAACCUAGCCCGGAAUAGAUUGACUAUUGCAUUGAAUGAAAGAGAGGACUGGCCCUUUCUUCAACGAGUUGGUGAUAGGGAUUCCCAACAUGGCGAGACAUCGAACUGCUCAACAACAUACCUUCCUGAGGACAUCUGGCGCCAUAUACAUUUCCUAAUGCCGAUGCGUGAUGCUGCUCGUGCUGCUUGCCUUUCUCGUGCCUUUCUACAUUCUUGGAGAUGCCAUCCCAACCUCACCUUGGAUUUGCCAACGCUUUGUUCAUGGGCACAUGAAGAAAAUUUCAGUCACAAUAUUGACAGCAUUCUAAGAAACCACUCGGGCAUUGGCUUGAAGGUAGUGAACCUUAAUUUAGGUGGUGAAGACAGUACCUUUCCUUAUGUCAACAGCUGGCUUCAGGUUGCUUUUACACCAGGGAUUCAAGAGCUCAGCCUUAGUCUAUAUAGAAAGUACAACUUCCCAUGCUCGCUUUUAUCUGAUGGAGUUAGAAACUCAAUUCGGCAUCUUGAACUCGACUCUUGUGUUUUCCGUCCCACUGCUGAACUUGGCCCCUUAAGAAGCCUAACAAGUCUGACUCUGUGUUAUGUGCGUAUCACGGGGGAUGAAUUAGAGUGCCUUCUUUCCAACUCCCUUGCUUUGGAGCAGUUGGACCUCAGUAAUUGCAGGGAGAUUAUUUUCCUGAAGAUACCUUGUGGUUUGCAGCAGCUCAGCUUCCUGAAAGUUGAUGGAUGGUGUAAGCUGCGGGUGAUAGAGUGCAAAGCUCCAAAUCUGUCGAGUAUGGACUUUAUUGGAGAAAAGGUAAAAUUAUCACUUGGAGAACAAUUGCAAAUGAAGAAAUUGCACAUGCACUGUCCAAAUGUGGUCUGCUAUGCUCGUGCUGAGCUUCCAUCCUAUAUGCCAUAUCUUGAGACUCUUGAAAUAAGUUCGGGUACUGAGGUGGUUAAUGCACCAAUGCUGCCUACCAAAUUCCUCUACCUGAGGCACCUGACCAUUAUUAUUAGGGACGGGACCAUUUCCCCAUCAUAUGAUUACUUUUCUCUUGUUUCCUUCAUUGACGCGUCUCCUUCCUUGGAGACCUUGUUCUUGGACGUAUCUCAGAUAGAUAUGAAGCAUGAAUCAGUUUUUGGAGGUUCCUCACAUUUGAGGCAACUGCCUGAACACCAACACAACUGCCUCAAGAGUGUGGAGAUCAUAGGGUUCAGCUCUGCGAAGAGCUUGGUUGAGCUAGCAUGUUGCAUUGUCAAGAACGCAGUCUCACUGGAGCGUCUUACAUUAGACACCCUUCAUGGUUGGGGGAGAUGUGCUGGGGAAGCUUAUUAUGAAACUUGCUGGCCCAUUGGAAACGCUGUGCUCGAGGAAGCAUCUAGAGCGGUCGUGGCAAUAAGAAUGUACAUUGAAGAUGAAGUUGGGCCUACAGUUAAGUUGACUGUACUGGAGCCUUGCACACGGUGUUAUCCCAGCAGAUGAAGUUGCAGCAUUGUAGGACGGUAGAUGGCAUAAUUUAUUGUAAUUGCGCCAUGCAUAAUUGUUUCAAUUUAAUCUUAAUGAAGCAUAUGCUUUGUUGUUGGACAAGUUAUGCUAAAUGUACUUUGUAUCGUCGCUUAGGUCAUUGUCGUAAGUUAUUAUAAUUGCACCAUGUGUAAUAGCGUUAUGAGCCAUACUUGGGUUUUUUAUUGGAUAACUUAUGUUAAAUGCGUGAUCACUUUAAUUUAGUGAUAGAUAAACCAUGAUUUGUUUAUUGAAAGAUAAUUGGGCUUCA